AUAAGUUUUUAUUGAAAAUACACAGUUUUCUAAUAAUUAAAUUGACUUUUCAUCAUCCACUAACAUAAAUGGUGCCGAAACAAGUGUAGUUCGUGCAAAAGUUACGAUAUUUCAAGAAAGUUGUCGCCUCGUGUGAAGUGCCGGUCGGACUUAAAAUCUCUCAUUGUGCAAAGAUAUCGCCGAAAUAUUAACGCCAAGUCGCGCCUCGCAGCAAACGAGAAGAUUUUCAGUGAUAUUUCGAAGCCGCAGCAUUAAAUUGAGCAAAAUCAAGUUUCGACGCGACCAAGCCCAUUUCUCGGAAUUCAACUUCCAACGUUAGCCAUUUUGAUGAAUUCAAGGACAAACCGAAAAGACGCGGAAUGACAAUUUUGGAGCGAAGAUCGGACCGUUCACUCAAACUUCGUGAAACGUCAUUCGAAUCUGACAUCCGCUGUCAAUGUCAUAAUUGACAUUAGACUUCAUUCUUCAACUUGUUUACAAUUGAACAUCAAAAUGAAAAAAUCCAACGAAAUAAGGAAGCUGAAUGCGCAAAUCGCGUGGUGUAAAGGAUUUACAACUAAAAUAGAGAAACUUUUAAACGGACCGGACAAUCCUUUGGAUCAAGAAUCAGCAAUAAUAAGAUUAGAACAAACUGAAGCAAACUUUAAAAAAUACAAUGACUUGACGCUGGAACUAGCCAUAUUAACAGAAAAGGAUUCAUCUGAAGACUUUGAAGACGAAGAUGAGCACGAGGAGCGUACCAUAAAAGUCAUCUCACGAUUACGGAAAAUAACCUCAAAAGCGCCCACAACCAAUACGUCGUCGUCAACGUCGAAAACAAUAGCGGAGGCCACGGACGUAACGAGUCAUCAUGGUGGAGUGCGGUUGCCGGAGAUAGACAUCCCUACGUACGACGGGAAGGAUUACACGAAAUAUGUCGCCUUCAUCGAGCUCUUCGACGCGAUAAUAGACUCCAGUGAAAAGUUAAAACAAGUGCAAAAACUAUAUUACUUGAAAAAAUACCUGAAAGGUGAAGCAUUAGCGUUAAUUGAAGGUCUUCCAUUAACCACUGAAUCAUAUGUAAAAGCCAGAGAGCUAAUUAAAUUGCGGUAUGACAAUAAGUUUCUGGUAAUAAACAAUCAUAUCCAAGCUAUAAUAGAUAGCACACCCAUUGUGAAAGGUUCUGCAACCAACCUGCGGGACCUUGUAGCCAACACGCGUCAGCAUCUAGGCGCCCUUAAAGCCCUAGGUCAGCCAAUAGAGCAAUGGGACUUAAUUGUACUAACUAUUGUCUUAAAAAAGGUGGAUCAGUUUUCAUGCAGAGCCUAUCAUCAGGAAAGGGACAGUGACAAGAUGCCAAAUCUCGAAGACUUCUUGUCAUUCGUGGAGAGAAGAGCCAGCAGCUUUGAAGAAAGCCAACAAAGCGAAGACCGUGACCUACGGACAAAAAAGUUCGAGUUUCCUGGCGACAAGGUGCUUAGAGGAGCUGGCGGCAAGGUAUGAGGCAGAGCUUCCUAAAGCAGCAGAGGUGGUCCGCACUGCAAUGUACGUGGAUGAUGCCCUCUUCGGAGCAGACUCCAUCAAGGAUGCAUUGGAGGUAAGAGAUCAAUUUACUAACUUGCUGGCUCAUGCAGAUUUCCAUCUGCACAAGUGGGCAGCCAAUGAUCCCAAACUGCUAACUGGUAUCUCUCCCGAAACUUGCUACGCUGAUGAUCACCAACUCUCUAUGAAAACUGAUCUAAAAGCCUUAGGCAUGGUAUUCAAUCCCAAUCAAGAUGUUUUCAAAAUUAGUUAUCCCAACAAAGACAUACAACAUUGGGACAAACGCUCAAUCCUUAGUUUCAUUGGGUCCUUUUUUGAUCCCUUAGGGCUGGCGGGGCCUAUAGUUGUUAGGGCAAAACAAUUUCUACAGGAUCUUUGGAGGCAAAAUUUAGACUCGACCUCUCCAAUACCAGAGGCAUCCUUAAAUAAAUGGAUUAAAUUUCACAAAGAAAUAUUGGAGAUGCCAAAUAUACAAAUACAAAGGCAUGUAAUGCCUACCAAGGAUCAAGUAGAAAUCAUAGGGUUUUGUGAUGCCUCGUUCAAAUCUUAUGGGGCAUGCAUAUAUGUACGAACCUUUCAAAAUGGAAAGGCUACAAUGAACCUGCUAUGCAGCAAGUCAAAAAUAGCCCCGAUCAAAAAUGAGCUUACAAUUCCAAAAUUAGAAUUGAAUGCAGCAGUGUUGCUAGCAAAAUUAUUUGAUAAGGUAAAACAAAUUUUAGCAAAUGUAAAAAUAACUGCUAAAUACUUACUAUCUGACUCAAAGGUUACUUUGUGCUGGAUCAAGUCAAAAAAAGAAUCGUUACCUGUUUAUGUCAAAAACAGAAUACAAAUAAUAAAUAAUGUAACUAGUGAUUGUAUUUGGAGCCAUAUUGGUGGCACAACCAACCCGGCUGAUGUUUUGUCUAGAGGCUGUAGUGCGCUUGACCUCGAAAAAAAUGACUUGUGGUGGCAUGGCCCAAGUGACUUUCUGGAUCCUAAGUACCAUCCCCAGCCAUUCACAGUCACCAACAGCUCAGAAAACACCAGUGAGACUGUCAGCAGCCAUCUAGCCUGUUUGAUUGCUACACCAAAUGAACCAGAGUUAUUUAAAAAAUACUCAUCAUGGAUAAAAUUACAAAGAGUAGUUGC